AAAUUAUGUAAACAAAGCCACGUGGUAUUCAAAAUAAUUCAGAUUGCCUUAGGACUUAUCUAGUGACCGUUAGCAGUAUUGUGUUGGAAUUCGACUUCUACUAAUCCGUCCAUAAUUGUGUUGAGACAUCCCGAUAUCACAAAAUAUGAGUUUCUAUUUACAGGCAAUCACACAAUGGCUGCAAGUGAUCUUCAAUCGUUGUCUAAAGAGGAGUUGAAGAGAUUUGUAAACUCGUUUGAUGUCGUUUUGUCGGACUGCGAUGGUGUCUUGUGGGUAGAAACUGAGCCAAUCCCUGGAUCUCCUCAAGUUGUGAGAAGGUUAAAAGUAAUUGGCAAAAAGUUCUUCUAUGUGACUAAUAACGCCACAAAAACCAGAGCGGAGAUUCUUGAAAAAUGUGAAAAACUGCAGUAUCAGGCUAAAUUGGAAGAAAUUAUGUGUACUUCGUACUUGGUAGCGGCAUACCUGAAAGAAAAAAAUUUUAAUAAGAAGGUGUAUAUCGUUGGUAAAGAAGCCAUAGGAAAGGAACUGAAUGCUGUGGGCAUUGAGUAUGUUGGAUUGGGGCCCGAUAGACUGGUCAGUGACGCGUUGGAGAUGAUUCAGAACUUCAAUCCAGAUCCUGAUGUUGGAGCAGUAGUGGUUGGUUUCGAUGAGCAAAUUAGUUUUCCAAAAAUAGCUAAGGCAGCAACCUAUGUCCAGGAUCCAAACGUACAUUUCAUUGGUACAAAUAGUGACAAUCGAAGGCCGUCGCCAAACUCAAACAUUUUUCCAGCGUCCGGUUGUAUGCUGAGAGUGAUUGAAGCAGCGGCAAAUAGAAAAGCUGUUUUACUUGGCAAACCAGAGCGUUACAUAAGCCAAACGAUCAUUUCCAAGUACGGCUUGAAUCCAGAAAGAACUUUAAUGAUUGGCGACAAAGGGGACACAGACAUCUUAUUGGGAAAACGGUGUGGAUUUAAAACACUUUUGGUUCUAUCGGGUGUAACGAGUCUAAACGAUUUAGAAAGAUGGAAAAAAUCCGACGACAAAGAGGAACGUGACUUAGUUCCCGAUUACUAUACGGAGAAACUUUCCGAUUUAUUACCUGUGCUAUCAAAUUUUCUAAACUUACCUUUUCUUGCUGUGGAAAUGGCCGGGGUGGAUUUGAAGACUCUGAAGAGACAUGAAAUUGAGGAUAUUUUACAAGGAAUCGACACCAUUCUUUCUGACUGUGACGGUGUGUUACGGUUGGCUACUGACGCUAUAAAGGAUGUUCCAAAGACAGUUACCAAGUUGAAACAAUCUGGGAAACGAUUUUUUUAUGUUACCAACAACCCAAUGGAAAGCCGUGAGGAAUUUAUUGAGAUAUCGAAAAGAAUGGGCUACUAUCCAAAGCCUGAAGAAAUUAUUACAGUUGCUCUUCUAGUUGCAAAGUAUCUUGAAGAAGUGAAUUUUAGUAAAAAAGUAUAUGUCCUUGGAAGCAGCGGAAUCGGUCGAGAAUUAGAUUUGGUUGGAAUUCAGCACACAGGAAUAGGUCCAGAUAUUAUGGAUCCAGAUAUAAGAACCUAUGCCCAAUCUUUUGUACCUGAUCCAGAAGUAGGAGCAGUGGUUGUCAGUUUUGACGUACACUUCAGUUAUCCAAAGCUGCUGAAAGCGGCGACAUAUCUGAGUGAUCCAAGCGUACUUUUCCUUGCUACAAGUGCGGACAUCCAAAUUCCAAUAUCCAAUGUAGCACUACCCGGUCCUGGUACCCUCCUAAAGUGUAUAGAGGCAUGCUCCGGGCGAAACGCUACUAUUCUGGGGAAGCCUGAGCCAUUCAUGAGAAAAGUGAUGGUCGACGCCUUCAACGUGACACCGAAGAGGACACUGUUCAUUGGCGACAAUGCUCGUACCGAUAUUUUGACAGGGAAGCGUUGCGGUAUGAAAACUCUACUCGUCUUAUCUGGAAUAUCUAAAAGAGAUGACAUCAAAGUCUGGACUCAAUCUGACAACCCAGAAACAAGGGAAUUCGUUCCUGACUAUUACACAGAUUCUUUAGCCGAUCUUCUUCCUUAUCUAAAAUGUAAAAGUUCAGAUUAGAUUCUAUUGGGAAAUAACUAAUUCACGAGGCUGGUGAAACGAUUUAAAAAAAUGUGCUCGUUGGAGAAUAAUGAUGAAGCUUCAAAAUCUUCAAGUGAUUUUGAAAUUAUUACUAGGAGGCCUAUGGCUAUAUUAUCGAAUUAGAUCCAGCCUCAAAUUUGAAAAAGUAUAUCUUAAUACGGUUAUGGGUCUCAAUUUUUAUUUAUACUAAUGUUUGAUAAAAUAUUACACUUGUUUUUCGAAUUUUAUACAAUUUCCUUGAAGAGAUUUAUUGUUAAUAAUAUUGGCCGUUUCUUUUUACAUUCACUUGUAUGACAUUCAUUUUUAGGGUAGACGUAGUUACGUAGUAAUUAGGUGAAGAGUACGUGGAAGUUUCAUUUAAAAACAAUUCCGCCUGCACCAAAUGUGAAAGUAUGGACGAGCACAUGCCUUUUCCAGUCUCUUCUUUCACGUAAAACUCCAACAACAGACAAAUAACCGAGAGGAACAAAUUUUUUCUAAUUUUUUUAUCUACUUUUGCGAGAUCAAUUUUUGCGCGCAUUAGUUUCGUUUCCUUGAAUCGCGAGUAAAUUCAAUUUAAUUUAGAAUCAAUUUAAAAUAGAUCUAUAUUAUAUAAAAAUUCCGAUAACAAGGAAUAAAUCUUUCACGUAAUAUGCAACAAUCGGUCGGAUAAAAUCAGUAUCUUUACUAUCAUAUUGACUUCUACGUCAUUAGCGCGCAUUAACAUGGCCAAGUACCAGUAACCUGCUGCGUUAUGGUGUAAAACAUUAUUAUUUUACAGUUUAAAAAACAUGUAUUAUGGUUUAUAGGUACAUGUAUAUACACGUUGUAAUAUUGUAAAUGAGGUCGUACAUUGGUCGGCUAUGUAGACGGAAUGUAUUUGCUAUCUACAAAUCUGAAUAAUAUAGUUUGUAAACUUCAAUGUCUCUAUUAAAAACGCAUUAAAUCAUUGGUAUCGCAACAUCGCGCAUUCUUCAAAGUUAUACUUUUCUCCGCGACUAUCUUUCUUACAAUUGGAGUCAAGUUUUAUAUUACUGAUAUAUCGCCCAUAUACAGAUGCGCCAAAAUCACUAGCAUGAUAUUUAUCUGCGAUUUUGGAUCUAUACUUCUUAAAUUACAACGCACGCGCGAUCCGUCGUUUCGUCUCGCUAUAAAAUUGUCCGAAGCAUCUGAAUUUCUUUGCUGAAACUUUCCCGUUCUUUUUCACACUUUGUACAACAAAUAAAUUAUUUCACUACAUACAUA